AUGGCAUCAGUUAGCGCACGUUGUAUAGUUUUAGCCAUUACACCUGCAAAUUCAGAUUUAGCAAACUCAGAUGCACUUACAAUGGAAGGGAUUGCUAAUCCUGAUGGAGGACAGAGUGAGGACCCGUUACUCGAUGAAAUUCAAAAGGAAGAAAUUUUAUCUCCAACUCCAACUCCAAGUCAUCAUCAGGCUGGAAAUAUACUCAUUGACACUAAUGGAGUGAUAAAGCUUGGAGGCUUUGGAUGGGCUGAUAUUUGGUUAUUUGGAAUUACUGCACUUGAGUUGGCUCAUGGUCAUGCCUCUUUCUCAAAGUACCCUCCCAUGAAGGUUUUGUUGAUGACCAUUCAAAAUGCGCCACCUAGACUUGAUUACGACCAGGAUAAACGAUUUUCUUCUUUUAAAGAACUGGUGGCAAUGUGUUUGGUGAAAGGUCAAAUAAAAAGGCCAACCGCUGAGAAGUUGUUAAAACAUUCUUUUUUUAAGCAAGCUAAAGCUCCAGAACUCCCUGUCAAGAAAUUAUUUGGUGACUUGCCACCACUUUGGCAUUGUCUAAAAGAUGUUGCCCAACUAGCACUUAAAAAGAUGCCUUCAGUUGAGCAAGAGACCAUAUCAGUGAGUGAGUAUCAGCGAGGUGUUAGUGCUUGGAAUUUUGACCUUGAAGAUUUAAAAUUCAAAGCAUUCUUGGUGCAAGAUGAUGACGAAAUUCAAGAUAUCAGGAACCAUGAUGUAAAUUCAACUUCAUUUGCCAAUAAUGAAGCAUCCAAUUCGAAGGCUACUACUAUUGGCAAAGAUUCCACAAGCGACAUUGAAUCUAGUGAUGAAGUUGUCCCAUCUGAAUCUUUAAUCAAUAAAGAAAGUAAUCUGCCAGAAACUGAUGAUAAAGGAAAAUCAAUAGUGUGUUUGAAAUCACAUCAUGUUCUAAAGAAACCUGUCAUGCUUAUACCUACACAAGAUGUCAUGCUUAUACCUACACAAGAAGCUGCUCGAAGUGGAAUAAAAACAAUAGCAGUUCACACUUCUGCUUCAUUUAGUGAUUCUUUUGAUAAAUAA